UUCAAAUUAGCAUAACAUCCUCGAUCCUUUCGCGAAUUUAUGCUAAAAAGUGUUGAAAAUUUACCACAUUUUUUCUCGUCGCCAUCAGUGUUUGUCUUGUCGAGUGCCAGUAUCCAUCAACCGUGUGUUUUUUACGUGUAUUUUUAUGAAUCUCCCUAACGAUGAAUCGAGCCCGCCGCAGUGUGACCGUUUACAACAAAAAGGCUACCAAACAGGUUAGUGAUAACGACUUUGAGAGUGGUGAUGGCUUUUCGGAUGAGCCGGACGACGGUGACUUCUCGGUGAGUGAGGACGAAUGGCUUCCGGAAAAGGAAAAAGGUGACAGCAGGGAUGACGAACUGCAGGGAACUGUUUCGGAUGAUGACGAAAAUGACUCGGGAAGUGCUUCAGAGAACCAGGAUGACCUUGAGGAAGAUUCGGAUGAAAGUGUGGUUGCUUCGAGCAGUAGUAGAGCAAAGAAAAGGACAGUCAAGCCUUCAGUGAAUCCAAUACCCAAAAAGAAACGUCUUUCUGCGGCGACUAGGGAAGAAUUGUACCAACGUACCAAGAAGCACUUGCUAAAGGAGUCGGAACCGGAGCGACCUCCACUUAAUUCCAGCGUGACGGAUAUUCUGAAGCAGUGUCAGUUCAAGAAAAAGACAUAUAUAAACAACAAAAGAUCUAAGGCAGUAUCACCGAGGGCCGAACGAGCGAAGAAAAAAGUUGAUGGCGACUCCGAUAGCAGUGGCGACGAUCAUCUGAUGAAACCCGAAGAGUUGGAUCUUGCUUCCAAUUUUUUCGAUAAGAUUGAACCGAAGAAGCAGGAGGAAACUGUUCCUCAGUUCGAUUGCAAUGCGGGCAUGAGACUUUCGGACAGUUCGGAUAAUGAUGACGAAACGGAAGAACCGGUUCCGGCGUCGAUCCAGAAAGUGGCUGCUCAGCAGUUGAUAAGUAAGAUAAACGAGUCGUCUUGUGACUUUAUGAACUUUAAUAGCCUUGGCGAGUUCAACAAGAAAAUAGAGGAAGCGAAGAAUAUGCUCAAGAACUACCAGACCAAGGAAAGUGUUAAGCGGCCUCAGGAAAAGAAAGCCGAAGAUGUUUCAAAUUUAUUGGCUCUGGGUGAGACGGAGGCUGGCAUCUCACCUGGGAAGAACAAGGACGCCGCUGGCCAGAACGAAACAGGGAGUGAGGAAUCCGACUGGGAAGAGGUAGAGGAUGCGAAGAAAAGUAAACCUACUCAGAAUCCUCCAGAGGACUAUCAAAUAACGGUGGAAGUACAGACGGCACAGUCGAAAAAGAAGCGUUGGGAGGAGAUUGAGAUGGAGCUGUUCAUCAAGCGACAGAUCAACAAGGUUAAGAGGACCAAUCAGCUUGCGUUUCAUAAAAGUAGCGUCCUGUGUGCGAUAGCCGGUGGUAAGAAAUUGAAUGAGAUCGUAAACUCUCCGGGAAUUCAAGCUAGGGCGCUGUCCUUGAUGCAGUCCGGUCAGUGUGUGUUGAAGGAAAAGUUGGAUGGAAAAUUUGUCGAUCAGCUGAUGAAGUGGUUCAAAAACAAGUUUGAACUAACCAGCCAGCAGGUGUUUGGUCCCAAAACAUCGAGAUUCAGUUUCACCUUAGCGCUGGAACUGUUUACACAGAAGGUCGCCUGCAAGCGGGAUUACGUUCUGUUGUUUUUGGCUUGCUUGCGUGUGGCCGGUGUUGAUUGCCGGCUGAUAAUAUCCGCCAAUGUCCCUCCGAAGCGACCAGCCAUGAAGGACCUGUGUCCUAUCUCGGAAAAACAGCUAAUUGAGAAGUUCGAUAAGGAUUUCGGCAAACAAUCAACAUUCACAUUUACGAGGGCUCCUAGUGAAACGGCGGACGGCCAAGACGUCAAGAUUGAAGAGAAAAUCGAUGUGAAAAAUUGCCCGAUUGUAGAAGAGGCAGUUGAAGAGCAGCUGAAUGAUGAACAAAAUAAUUCCGGAGCGGACGUUCCAACUAAGCCUUCCAAGGCGACAACCAAGCAGAAAGCUCACGGUGAAUCUGAAAGAAAUGGAACACAAUCUACACAAAAUGUAAAAUCAUCUAGAUUAUCUCUUCCUAAGGUUCAAGUUCCAGAAGAGCAGGAUAAAGAACUACGCCGUGGUAGAUCUCGAAGCAAAAACACCCAUCAAAGCUUUCGAGAUUCUUCCUCGGAAUCUUCGAGAAAGCUACGUUUCUCCCCGGAACCAGAGAUCUGUGAUGGCAAAUCCGCUUCCACCAGCCCACCAGCGAAGGAAAAUUCCCGGCCAAGAAAAUCCAUUCUCAAAAGCUCCUCUCCAAGAAUUGCUAGCUCUUCUUCUCGCAUGCCCCUAAACAGCCUGAUAGUCCCUCAGUUGGAUGGAAUCAGUGACCUCGUGGCAUCGACCCCGCAAAGUCUCCCUAUAUCCCGACGCCUCCGAAGUCGCACAAAAUCCACAGCAGCCGAGUCGAGCUCACCGUUCACCAAACGUGGAACCAACACCCCAACCAUGGCGAAGGAAAAGAACAACAACCAACCGGGUCGGAUCUCCAAGAGGAAGCUAUUCGAUAUUAACAAGACGACGACCAAGGCCACCGUUCCUAGUCCGCCGACAACUGCCAAGCCAAAAUCGGCGAAAAACAAAAUUCUCUCGUCGGAUUCAUCCGAUGAGGCUGCGAAAUCGGAUGAACCACCGUCGCCAGCGUUGAACAAGAAACGGCAACCACGUAGGGCUCGGAAUAAAUCCAAACUGCCACCACAGUCGUCACAUUCAUCGGAGGACAGCGACUUUGAACCACCCGGAAAGAAGAAAGCUAAACGUGCUGCAAAGGCAAAGUCCGAAUCUCCGCAUGAACAUUCGAAGGUAGCAGCGACCAAAAGGAAGCCGAAAAGCGCUGCCAGCGAAGCCGACAAGGAGGACGGUGAGCUAACCGCUGCGAACAAGAUGGAUAUGUGGAUCGAGUUCUACUCCGAGAAGGAUAAACGUUGGAUCACGGUGGAUUUGUUCAGUGGAAAGGUCAACUGCGUGGAUUAUCUGAUGCGUCACGCCACCAGCCCCAUCAGCUACGUGUUCGGCUUCGACAACGUCAAUCACAUCAAGGACAUCACGCCGCGGUACGUCCAGCACUGGAACACGGUGAGCCGGAAGCUGCGCGUCGAGCCCAAAUGGCUCGAUAAGGCAUUGAAACCAUUCCAGGCGAAGAAAUCGGCCCGCGAAAAGCAGGAGGACGAAGAGCUCAACAAAAUCGACAUCGAUAAACCGCUGCCGACAACCAUCGCUGAAUGCAAAAAUCACCCAUUGUACGUACUGAAGCGCCAUCUGCUCAAGUUCGAAGCCCUCUACCCACCGGAUGUGCCCAGCUUGGGCUUCGUCCGGGGUGAGGCCAUCUAUGCACGUGAAUGCUUGUUCGUCCUUCAGACCCGUGAGAAAUGGUACAAACAAGGUCGAGUGGUGAAACCGUUCGAGACCGCAUACAAAAUGGUCAAGUGUUGGAGGUACGAUAAACUGAAAAACGAAUGGCAAGGUAAUCAACCGUGUGAAAUUUUCGGAAAAUGGCAAACCGAAGAGUAUGAUCCGCCGACGGCGGAGAACGGUUUGGUUCCACGGAACGAGUACGGCAAUGUGGAACUAUUCACGCCGAAAAUGUUGCCCAAAAAGACGGUUCACUUGCAACUUCCAGGAUUGAAUCGGGUUUGCAAGCGGCUGGGAAUUGACUGCGCCCAGGCCCUCACCGGAUUCGAUAAGGCUCGCAUGCGCAUGAUUCCGGUUUACGAUGGCUUCGUAGUUUGCGAGGAAUUCGCCAAUCAGGUCGUCGAAGAAUGGUACAAAGAGAUGGAAGAAGAGGAACGGCGGGAACAGGAAAAGUACGAAAAACGCGUCUACGAUAACUGGAAACGCCUCAUCAAGGGACUGUUCUUGCGUCGUAAGUUACAAAACAAGUACAAUUUCGAUAAUCUCUAAGAUGCUCUGGCAGCAGUAUUGUAUUUUAAUGUUAUUUUUUAUGUUCACGUUUCGAUUUUGAUACACUCAAACAUUUUACAAUAUACUGAUUUCUUCUGAUCA